GUAAACCGAAGUAAUCACAAGCGGGUGUUUUUAUCCAUUGGAGGAUGAUGGGAGUGAUGUCCCUGUUUUGUUUUGUUUUGUUUUGUUCUUUACUAGUAAAUAACAGAAAUGUUGCCUGUUGAUCUUCUCAGAGGUUUUGUGAACGAGAGACUAACGGCUGCGGCUGAAGAAAUAUUUGAGGUUUUUAAAAGAACUAUCGUCGAGUAUGAAGACGAGAUCAACCGUCAGAGGAGACUGCUGGAUAUCGUUUGGAAACCUCACGUUAAAUUACAGAGAAUAGAGAUACCACAACGACAUGUCUGUGAGGAGGAGGAGGUUCUGUCAGACCAGCAGCUCUGCUACCAGGAGAGGAACUCCAGCCUGGACCAACCUGAACCAUCAAUAGAGAACCUGCACAUAAAUUUACAUAAAAUAGAAAUCCUGGAGCAACAUGUCUGUAAGGAGGAGGAGGUUCUCUCUGACCAGCAGCUCUGUAACCAGGUGAAGAACUCCAGCCUGGACCAAGAGGACCCACAGCCUCCACAGAUAAAAAAAGAACUAGAGGAAGUCUUCACCAGUCAGCUUGAACUGAGACAGGGGACUCAAAACAUUAAACUGACUCUUACCAAUGAGGAUGGUGACAACUAUGAACCAGAAACAGACAUUGAUCACCAGCUCCCCGCUCAGAGCUCUCCCCUUACUGAGAACCAAGAUCCUGAAAGCAGCAGCAGUCAUGGACACUCAGUGUCUGCUAGAAAAACAAAGUCACUCAAUCAUUCAAGUCACUCUCUUAAAUCAUCAGACAAUGUUUGUGAUCCUGGCAGAGGUAAAAAGUCUUUAAAAUGUGGCACACAUGGUGAAGUUUUUAAGGAAAAGCUGUUUUCUUGCAAAACAUGUGGGAAAAGAUUCAGUAAUUCUGCAAACUUGUCUAGACACAAUGUAAUUCAUACAGGUGAGAGGCCACAUACCUGUGAAACAUGUGGAAAAGGUUUCAGACUUUACCAGGCAUUGAAAACUCACAUGGUGGUCCACACAGGUGAGAGGCCUUACUCCUGCAGCAUCUGCGGACGAAGAUUCACUCAGAGUUCAAACUUGGGUAGACACAUGAGCAUUCAUGACAACAUAAGGCCGUUUUCUUGCCAAACAUGUGGCAAAUCUUUCCGUGUGAAUUUUGAUUUGAAGGUCCACAUGAGAACGCACACAGGUGAUAUGCCGUACUUCUGCAGUAUCUGUGGCAAAUUUUUCAGAGAAAAUUUUGAUCUAAAAGAACACCUGAAUAAACACACAGGUGUGAGGCCUUACUCCUGCAGCAUCUGUGGAAAAAGAUUCUUUGCAAAAAAAACCUUGAACAGUCACUCUAAAAUUCAUUCAGGGAAAAAGCCGUUGUGACACAUGUGGCAAAUCUUUCAGAUUUAAAGGGAAUAUGAAAGCACACAUGCUAUCACACACUAAAGAAAAGCCUCACACCUGCAACACCUGUGGGAAAGGAUUUCGUUCCAAGUCCUCUAUGUAUAACCACAUUAAGAUCUUUCAUUCAGAUGACAAACAGUCUGGGAAGAAACCUGUGGAGCAAAUUAAGAGUUAGGCCUUUGCCUAAGGGCAACCUGACAAAAGGCAUGAAAAUUUUAAAAUAAUGCUGAGGUGAAUUUUGACACAUUAGAAAAUAUAUAUUAUGCAUAUUCUUAAAGCCACACUGUGGAAGUCUUCAGUGAGUUUUGCACUGUUCUCUGGUAAAAUGAGAUACAUAAGCGCUGGUGUUGUCAUGAUACCAGAAUUUUAACUUUGAUACUAAACUAAGUUUAGUAUCACGAAGCCUAAAACUAAAACCUGAUGGAUCAGAAGCAGGAUGUUCACAGGGGAUGGUCCCAUU